AUGAGAGUCGAUGAAGAUACCGGCCAGGUAUUUUCCAAUGGUCAUACAACAAGUUCCAACGGUUCGACUCCUAGAAAACCUGCACAUGCCGCCAUCAAUGGCCAUGCAUCGAAUAACUUCAGCGGGUCGAGUCCAUCCCUUAAGAAUGGAGCGGUAAGAAGGCUGUCACCAGUCCAGCCACCCACCUAUCGUGGGCACGACAGAGAAGAGGUGGUGAGGAUUCUCAUUCAAGGCCUUCUGGACAUGGGUUAUUCAAAUGCUGCCAGCGUGUUGAGCACCGAGAGUGGGUAUGAACUGGAAAGUCCACCGGUUGCCGCAUUUCGAAGCGCAAUCCUCCAAGGCGUGUGGUCCGAGGCUGAAGGGAUCCUGCUUGGGUCGCGCAGAUACGACCAUAGCGAAGACUCACAUGGCGACGAUGACCAAUACGACCAAGGCCUUGUACUAGCAGAAGGGGCCGAUACGGAUCAGAUGCUCUUCUGGAUCCGGCAGCAGAAGUUCCUCGAACUGCUUGAUCAACGAGAUCUCGGGGUGGCGCUUAUGGUGUUGAGACAAGAGCUCACGCCUUUCGCACACGACAUACAUCAGUUACAUGCUCUUUCCACAUUGCUUAUGUGCCCUCCGGAGGAUCUCAGAACCAAGGCCCAUUGGCCCGGUACGGUGGAAGAAUCACGGAAGAUGCUCCUUCAGGAUCUGUCUCGGUGCAUUGCUCCUUCCGUCAUGAUUCGAGAUCACAGAUUGGCCGAAUUGUUUGACCAGGUCAAACAAAAUCAGAUCAACCAGUGUCUGUAUCACAACACGGCGAUUGCUCCGUCACUGUACUCGGAUCACAUCUGUGAUCGGGAGUACUUCCCAUCUCGGACGGCUCUCCAGUUAGAAGAUCAUACAGGUGAAGUCUGGCACGUUCAGUUUUCCCAUGAUGGAUCGAAGUUGGCCACUGCAAGUCAAGAUCGUACGGUCAACAUCUAUGAAACCGUUACAUUUAAAUGCAUACAUACCCUCAGACAUCACAGUGCAGAGGUGACAUAUGUGGCUUGGAGUCCCGAUGACACCAAAAUCAUCACCUGCUCUCAAGAUUGCAAGGCUCGGGUGUUUGAUGUCGAAUCUGGGAGAAUGCGAGUAACACUGGAGCAUCAAUCUGUGGAUUCAAGCUAUGGUAUCACUGCUGCUGCUUGGGGCCCCGACUCUAUGAGUUUCGUGACUGCGAGCCACGAUCGAAAUUCUCAACUGUGCCAUUGGAAUCUACAGUCUUCGCAACCAGAUCGGCCCGUCCAUGUUUGGCCGCGCGGAUUUCGUGUGCAAGAUGUUGCCAUUACCGAAGAUGGCCACUGGCUAGUUGCUCUAGACCCGCAAAACAUAAUCCGCGUGUUCGAUAUGCAAACCUAUCGAGAGGAACCGCCUAUCAAAACGGAGAGUAAGAUGACGAGUAUCUCUUUGAGCCGCGACGGUAGUACUUUGCUGGUCAACAUGGCGAUAGGGGAGGUUCACAUGAUCGAUCUAGCCACCCGCGAUACGGUUCGAAAGUUCCGGGGACAGAAGCAGGGUGAGUUUGUGAUCCGAAGCUGCUUCGGCGGAGCUGCCGAGAAUUUUGUGGUCAGCGGUUCUGAAGAUGGCAUGAUAUACGUGUGGCACAAGGAGAACGAAGCGCUAAUUGAAAAAUUGCCUGGGCAUGGUCACGGUCAGAGCGGCAAAGAGUGUGUGACGACAGUGGCCUGGAAUCCCAAGGAUCCUGGGAUGUUUGCCUCCGGCGGUGACGACCGCAAGGUGCGAAUGUAA